AUGUGCGGCCCGGAAACCACAAACAGGCCUCGUGGAGGCGCACUCGCUGCCCUCAGCUCGCUCGACGACGCCGGCCACUCAACAACCUGCGGCGAUCUCGCCUUUCACACCCCAGGCCUGCCAGAGAGCAACGAGGCGACACACGUGAGACUGAUGCCAGAUGCCGCCUACAAUGCAAAGACGCUCUCAGACCUCCUCGUGGUGAUUCACUCAAGCGGUGACCCGAGAAGGAGAAUAGAGGACUGCGGCACGUUCCAAAAGUUUGGCUUCCCCACGACAGCCGACUCAUUCAGCGACACGCGGGCGUUCGUCGAGCUUCCGCUCAGCAAGCCGCUUCUGCUCGAGGUUGGGAACGAGGGCAUCAUCGGGCGGCGCGUCUCGCUGUACUCUAGGGCGGCCCCUAAUAGAGUCGUUGCCGAGGGCAUCGUGGGCGUCAACUUUCUCAGGGCGCCCCAGCCGUCUCUCGGGAUGGUGCAGGAGUGA